UAACCAUAAAUGAUAAACCUACACACCAUUCUUGUACUUGCUUCUUCUUCUUCCUUCUAGCAGGACAUUGUCCACUGUUCAGAUUCCUAGGAAAAAUAUAGGCACUCCUCAAUACUCUGUUUUUACUCCUUAAAACAGAACAACUCCACUUCCAACCCUCUUUAGUACUAUUACAACCAUUUACUCCUUUUGUAUAACAUUGUUAGACAUUACUUAACUUACACACAAACACACAACUGUCUCGGUGCUCAUCUCUUGUUUGGUCUCCACUUUUUUCUGCAAAAUUGAAACUUGUUCAUCUUCCUUAACUCUGGUAUGUUCAUUAUUCUUAGCUUCAUUUAUGAAACUUUGGGAAAUGGGGUUCUCAAGUUUGUUCCUUUUAGUGUCUUUUUCAUGGGUUUUCUUUAUCUCAACUACCCAUCAAUUACAAAUCUAUGAAACCCAACUUCUUCUUCAGUUGAGGAAGCAUUUGGAAUACCCAACUCAGUUGCAAUCUUGGGAGAAUUAUAAUGCUGAUAUGUGUGAUAUGCCUUCAACUUUACAUAUGAGCAUCAAAUGCCUGAACAAUUCUGUAUCUGAGCUCAAAAUCAUGGGUGAUAAGCUUGCUAAGGUCAGUCAGUACCAUGGAUUUGCUGUUCCGAAUCAUACGUUGUCGUCGAGUUUUUCUAUUGAUUCUUUUGUAACUACAUUGGCAAGGUUAAGUAACUUGAGGUUUUUGAGCUUAGUGUCUUUGGGAAUUUGGGGAGAGCUUCCGGAUAAAAUUCAUAGAUUAUAUUCACUUGAAGUUCUUGAUAUGAGUUCAAAUUUUAUGUUUGGUGCUAUUCCACCUGCGAUAAGUAGACUAGUGAAUCUUCAUACUUUGACAUUAGAUGGUAACUUUUUCAAUGGAAGCUUCCCAGACUGGUUGGAUUCGUUAUCAAACCUUAGUGCUUUGAGUAUUAAGAACAACAAUUUAAAGGGUCCAGUUCCCAACUCAAUAUCAAGAAUCAAGAAACUUACUGGUAUUGCAUUGUCUCACAAUCAGAUUUCUGGUAAGUUGCCUGAUUUGAGUUCCUUAACCAAUCUCCGUUUAUUAGAUAUGAGGGAAAAUCGUUUGGAUUCUCAACUACCUUUAUUGCCUGGAAGCUUGACAACAGUUCUUCUGAGCAAAAACCGACUGUCAGGUAACAUUCAGGAACAGUUUGGGAAGCUAAAUCAGCUUCAGCACCUUGAUCUCUCAUUUAAUUCUCUAAGUGGGACUCCACCUACUACAUUGUUCUCUUUGUCAAAUAUCAGUUAUCUAAAUUUAGCGUCGAAUUUGUUGACGGGCUCACUUCCAGACCGACUGAGUUGUGGAGAGGAACUUGGGUAUGUUGAUAUUUCUAGUAAUAGGUUCACCGGUAGUCUUCCGUCUUGCCUGGCUUCUACGUCAGAAAAGAGAAUAGUAACAUUUGCUGGAAAUUGCCUUUCUAUUAAUAAUCAGCACCAGAAUCCGGAAUCAUACUGCGCAUCAAGUAUAGUGAAAGAACAAUCAAGUAAAAAAGAAAUUGGAGUUUAUGUCGGAGUGGUUGGAGGUACUGUUAUUGUAGUAAUCUUGGUGCUUAGCUUUCUUGUUUUGAGUCGAAGAUAUACUUUAAGAGAGGCAAUAGUGCAGCAUACAUUGCCAAAGAUUAUGCAGUGUGAUACACCAUCAGGGAUUUCAUCUGAAGUUCUUGCAAAUGCAAGGAUUAUAUCCCAAGCUGCAAAAUUAGGAACUCAAGGAACCCAAGUGCAACGGGUCUUUUCUUUGGAAGAGUUAAAAGAAGCAACUGAUAACUUCAGUCAGUUGCUAAUACUGGGCGAAGGGUAUACCGGAAAGCUGUACAAGGGAAGAUUAGAGAAUGGUACCUACAUAGCGAUUCGAUCUCUACCUUUGUUUAGAAAUUAUUUAAUCCGGAAUCUUGAAAUUCGACUGAAUUUGCUCUCCAAGCUUCGGCACCCGCACCUUGUUGAACUUAUGGGUUAUAGCAUUGAUAGAGAGGGUCAUGAUAUUCUCACUGCCAGCAGAGUCUUCCUUGUAUAUGAAUAUGUUCCUAAUGGAAAUUUCCGUUCUCAUCUCUCAGAAACUUCUCCAGAUAAAGCUCUCAAGUGGUCAGACAGAUUAGCAAUUUUAAUUGGUGUAGCAAAAGCCGUACAUUUCUUACAUACUGGAGUUAACUUUGCUUCUUUCUAUAAUCGCUUGAAGACAAAUAAUAUAUUGAUUGAUGAGCAUUUUGUUGCAAAGCUAAGCGAUUAUGGGGUGUCCAUAAUCACUGAAGAUAUUGAUAAACUCGAGGCAAAAGGAGAUGGCCCAAAAUCCUGGCACAAGACAACAAAGUUAGACGAUGAUGUUUAUAGUUUUGGAUUCAUAUUGCUCGAGUCACUUGUAGGGCCAAUUGUAAGUGGAAAAGGAGAAUCAUAUUUGCUGAAUGAAAUGGCAUCAUUUGGUAGCCAGGAUGGACGAAAACGAUUAGUGGAUCCGCUCGUAUUAACCACAUGCUCAGAAGAGUCAUUAAAAAUAGUAGUAUCCAUCACAAACAAAUGCAUAUCUCUUGAUUCAUCAAGGCGUCCCUCAUUUGAGGAUGUUCUUUGGAAUUUGCAGUACGCAGCACAAGUCCAGGCCAUAGCAGAUGCUGAUCAGAAGUCGAGUGCAUCAUCACAGUAGUAAUUGUAAAUGUUAGAGUUAUACUAGUGUCAUACUGAAAUAAGUUAUUAGGCUAGAGUCCACUGAGUUAGCAUGCAAGCCCAUCACACAAAUUUACAUAAUGUAUGUGAUAAUUGUUAGUAUUCUUUAGUAUAACUAGGUGUUUAACUGAAAAUUUUAAGUGAGAACUUUUACUAUAGUUUUAUCCUUGAUAUAAAAUUUAGGACACAUUUUUUGGAUCUUA